AUGAAUCCAAAUACUACAAUAUUUGAUGUUAAACGACUUAUUGAUUGUAAAUAUGAUGAUCCAAUAGUUCAACCUGAUAUGAAACAUCGGCCAUUUAAAAUAGUUAAUGAAAGUCGUAAACCAAAAAUUCAAGUUGAAUAUAAAAAUGAAGUUAAAUCAUUUAUACCUGAAGAAAUCUCAUCAAUGGGUUUAGAUAAGAAAGCUUCAGAUGAACGUAAUAUUCUUAUAUUUGAUUUGAGUGGUGGUAUAUUUGAUGUAUCAAUACUUAAAAUUGAAGAUGAUAUAUUUAAAGUGAAAUCAACAGCUGGUGAUACACAUUUAGCAGCAGAAGUGUCAAUUGAAAUUGAUUCACUUCAUGAAGGUAUUGAUUUCUAUUCAAAAAUAACACGUGUUCGAUUUGAAGAUCUAUUUUGUUCAACACUUGAAUUAGUUGAAAAAGCUUUACAUGAUGCUAAAAUGAAUAAAGCAAGUAUUCAUGAAAUUAUACUUGUUGGUGAUUCAACGCGUACAUAUCAAAAGUACAAAAAUUACUUUAAGAUUUUUUUUUUUAAUGGAAAGAAACUGAAUAAAUCAAUUAAUUCUGAUGAAGCUGUUGCUUAUGGUGCAGCUGUACAAGCUGCUAUUUAA